AUGGAAACCUCAAUUGUUAAAGUGACAAAAGGUCUCACUAAAGCAGCAGACUGCCGAGACGACACCAAACUCCUGAUGCAGCCGUAUGCCAACUGGAAGGAGUACCUGACACCAGCACCAAUGUCCAUAGCCAUUUUGGGAGAGCUGAUCUUCAUCUCCUCCAAGACAGAUUUUUCUGUUCGUAAAGGGGGCCCAGACGGUGGUUUCAAAUAUGCCAAAUACCCUGACUCAUUCCGUGCUUGCCUCAUGCAAGUGUGCAAUUCUGGGUGGCGUGCAUUCAAUGAGGCACACAAGAAUAUGGACCAGAUUCGUCUCUACACCAACAGUGUACCAAACUACAUCAAGACGGCAGUGAAGAUACUUCUCCAGGAUGAUGACAACCUUGUGCAGGCCAUGCUCCCAGACCAGCUGGAUAACAUUAAGAACAUAGCUGAUGACUGCCUGCAACUGGCUGAGUCAACAGAGGAAAGGUUCACUGAGGUCAUUGAACUCAUCCAUGAGCUCCUUGAAAGUUGCACCAGUGCAAAACAGGUGUAUGGGGCUGAACUGGAGGAAGUCAGAAAGAAGAUUGACGAAUCAGAACUAAGGCAAGCAGCUUCAGAGGAGGCCAACAAACGUGCCGAGCUGGCCUUCAAUAACAUGAGCAAGCAGCUGGAGGAGGCACAGGAGAGCUUCAAAACAUCAAUGGCCUCAAUGCCAGAUGGCUGGACAAUUAUGGGAAUGGAUUUUGCAGGAGCAAUGGCUGACAGUGUCACAUCAGUUUUUUCCGGGAUUGCAUCCAUAAUUACUGCCCCAGUGGCACUUCCUAAAAAGAUAUAUAAUGAUAUUGGGAAGACCAUAUCUUCUUCAGGCUCCAAGUCUGCAGGCCAGAUGGCCUCAGAUAAUGCCCGCUUUCGAAUAGAGCAGAGCAGAGCCCAGCUUGACAAAGUGAGGGACAUAUAUGAGAAGUGUGCUGACAACAUGGAGAAAAACAGGAAAGAGAUGACUGAAAUUCUUGUCACCAUGAGAAACUGUAAAGUCAAAGAGAUAGGCUUCUCCGAAACCAUAAAAAUUCUGUCUGAGGGUCUUCAAGCGAUGGGAAAGGUGAAGGAGCAGUGGCAGAAGCUGGUGCGCUUCUUCCAGAUGGUUUCCAACCUCAUGAAAACCAGCCUGACCAAGUCCCUGGAAGAUUUCGCUAAAACAGGUGAGAAGGCAUCCAACACAACAUUGAAAUACUCUUCAAAAAUGUUUUUGAAAGACAUGAUCUACAGCCAGGCUUUCUAUGCGUCCAACAUUGCCAGCCUGGUUAAUAUGAUCGCAGGGACAUACACUGAGGUGUCUGACAAGUAUCUGAUGGAUCCAGUGAGCAGAUUGAGCAAACUCAUGUGUUUGGAUGUCAAUAACCCAGAGUUCAGCCGUGAGCGAUUACAAUUUGCAGAUUCCUGUGAGGUAGCUGAAGAAGGAAUAAGAAAUCUUGUGAUGAAAAAUAAAGAUGACUUUGAAAGGAAGACCAUGCAAAGGCUGGAGAAAAUCGAGAGUGGGCUGAUGGCUGUGCUACCUCCAGAAUCAGAAGAGAAGAAAAGGGAAAUUCAGGAGGCAGUUGAAAUCGCAUCCAAGGAAGAUGAGGAUGAAGAUCAAUACGCUUGA